CAACCAGGGCGGGCCCGGAAGAAACCGACGGUCAGAUUCGUGCCUCAUAGUUCCUGCACCGCGAAAUUCUCACGCCCCUGAAACCUUAUAAAUAUGGGGCUUCCCUCCCUCAGUCACAUCCAGCGUAGGGUUUUCCCUCCGUUUCUCCUGUGUUUAUAACCGGGUGCCUUCUUUUCUCUCUCUCCCUCCGUGUGAGCGAGCGAUAGCAAUGUCGACCGAGAAGGAAAGAGAGAGCCAUGUUUACAUGGCGAAGCUUGCGGAGCAAGCCGAAAGAUACGAAGAAAUGGUUGAGUCUAUGAAAAAGCUAGCUAAACUGGAUUUAGAAUUGACAGUUGAGGAAAGGAACCUGCUGUCUGUCGGUUACAAAAAUGUUAUUGGUGCACGACGAGCUUCAUGGCGAAUCAUGUCAUCUAUAGAGCAAAAAGAAGAGGGAAAGGGAAAUGAACAGAAUGUUAAGCGCAUUAAGACCUACCGACAGAAGGUUGAAGAAGAACUCUCAAAGAUUUGCAACGAUAUCUUAACCAUCCUUGAUGAGCAUCUAAUUCCAUCAUCUGGAUCAGGGGAAUCCACAGUCUUUUAUUACAAAAUGAAGGGUGAUUACUAUCGUUAUCUAGCGGAAUUCAAGACUGAUCAAGAAAGGAAGGAAGCAGCUGAUCAAUCUCUUAAGGCUUAUCAGGCUGCAUCAAACACUGCAAAGACAGAUCUUCCCUCGACCCAUCCAAUUCGCCUUGGCCUUGCUCUCAAUUUUUCAGUUUUUCACUAUGAAAUUAUGAAUUCUCCAGAGAGAGCUUGUCAUCUGGCAAAACAAGCAUUUGAUGAGGCAAUUGCAGAGCUGGAUACCCUGAGUGAGGAGUCCUAUAAGGACAGUACCUUGAUCAUGCAGUUGCUGAGGGAUAAUCUUACUCUUUGGACUUCUGAUCUUCCAGAAGAUGGAGCUGAAGAUGGUGUCAAGGCUGAAGAUGUCAAAGUUGAAGCUGAGCACUGACAAGGCUGAUUGAUUGCAACGCUUCAUUCAUCAUUUCAAAUUGAAACAUGGCUGGUCUGUUCCCUGGAGGGUGGUUUCAACCCAGAUCAAGGAUUUUGCUCUUGAUAUUUGGGACCUUGUAAUUUCAGUCCUCGUCUGUUUGCCUAUAUGCUUCUUUUCUACAUCUCUUUUUCUUUUCUUUCUCCUUGAGUUGGACCUUUUAAUGCCGGAAGAUGAAGCAUUGUUUUGUCGGUUCUUGAAGCAUUGUAGGUUAUGGUCAGGAGGGUUGCUGCUGUCUUUUUUUAGUCGCUUCCCUUUUUUGAGUUUCUCAUUUCUCAUAUGUUUGGUAGUGGUUCCAUGUUGUCGCACAGUUCUUGCCAAGAACUGUACUUCUUGCAGUUAAUAUAGAUUCUUCAGUUGAGUUUUUGUGA